UCAAAGCCCUGGACUUUGGAGUCAUUUAUCAAUGGCCCAUUAUCUCAUGUACACCACAGCGUCCAUUGCUUGCACCACAUGUAACAACUGGAAAUCAUGCAGAAUGAGACAGCACAAUGUGGCCUGCAGUAGGCCUAUAAGCCACGGAUUAAUCAAGUUUGAAGUGUACGUCGCCAUAACGUUUGACAUUCACCUGCAGAAUUCUACAACACUCCACUGAAAGAAUGUAAUGCCACUUGUGUGUGGAAGUCAGAUUCCAAUUAGAUGUACAUGUACUUCUUUACAGGCAGACUUUGAAUUUUGCAAAACAGUUCUCAAAAUUGCAGAUUUUUGCUGUCUCUUUACUGAUUAUUAAGAUGGCAGCUUGGCAAGAUUCUAGUAAUAUGACAAAUGAGGUUCUACUGGACUGCCCCAUUUGCGCAAAGAACUUCAAAGAGCCAAAAAUUCUUGACUGCUUGCACAGUGUUUGCCUUGAAUGCCUCCAAAAGCUGCCGGUGGGUCGAGAUUCAGAAAGUCCAAUUCUAACAUGCCCUGUUUGCGGUAGCCAAACCAAGGUGGAAGAGCCUGCUGACCUGCCUGAUCAUUUGACGUUAAGUGCCCUGGUGGAGGAAGGCACAGUGAAGGAAUGGCUACAUGGGCAUCAAGGGUCAGAGAUCAGAUGCCAAACCUGUGAAAAGAAAAGUCCGGCCAUGUGGAGGUGCAUGGACUGUGAUAAGUGUCUGUGUCAGGAAUGCCGGGGAGCACAUGAUCAGAUGGCUGCCGCACCUCAUAACAUCUACUCGCUGGCUCAGCUCCAUUCAGGAGAGGUUGCCUACAAGAGCAAACUCAGGGAGUAUGUUCCUUACUGUGCCAAGCACCCAGACCAACGAGCAGACGUCUACUGCGCCAUGUGCAAGCAGCUUCUGUGUGGGCUUUGCGCUGAGGUUGAUCACAGAGAUCACAGCCACUCUGUGGAAACACUGUCAGAGGCCUCAGCCAAAUGCAGACGAAACCUUGCGGAACUUGCAGGUGCGGCCGAAAAGCACCGCGUGGUCUUUGCCAGGGCUGCAGAUGAAAUGACCAAAUCCUUGCUGCAUCUAUGCGUCAUGUGUUCCAAUGCCAAGAGGCAGAUCACCAAAAAGGCUAACAAAGAGGUUGCUCGGAUCAGAGAAGAGGAGGAGAAAAUGAUAGAGAGGCUGAAAGGCAUCUACUCUGACCAAUGCCAGAUGUUCAAAUCAACUAAGGCUGCAUACAACAAAGAGGUGAUCCAGGCAGGGAACAAGCUGAAACAGGUGAACCAAAUUAUAGUGCAAGCUAGUUACUGCGAGAUUCUGAACCUCCAGCAGAAAGUCUUGGACAACAUAGAAGCACUGACAUUGAGGCAGCCGGAGAAAACGCCUGACCGUCUGUCCGUUGUUGAAUUCAAAGAGGAAGCUGGGUCACUCGGAAGAUUGGUGCAUGAAGAGGUAGACUUGAAAGUGAAGGCACCAAGCAGCAAGGAAUCACAGGAUAGACAGACAGACCAGUGGAAAUUGAAGAGAGAGCUGUGGACUUUUGAACCAGAUCGUUCCGAGUUCACCGCUGCCUGGUAUGUCGCUGCAUUCUCCGACAAUGAAAUCCUCGUGGCGGACAUUAAUCACAAACAGCUGGUGACCUGCAUGCCUUCUCCCGCCAGCCACUCUGAAUUCUACGUCCACUUCAAAAGACUGCAGAUUGAAGGUCUUGCUGAUCCCAGGCACAUCGCAGUCAACACCCAGGACCAGAUUGUUGUCCUUGACAGCCCCAAGGUCAAGAUCUUCAACCGGAAGUAUCAGCUCCUUCAUCAGUUCACACUAGGUGGAGGGUCAGACAGCCAGCCAACAUGCCUGGCAGUGGAUGACAGGAACCAGAUAGCAGUGGGCUACGCAGACAAAGAGUUGAUAUAUCUGCACAACUCCAGAGGAGGGAUUGUCAAGAAGCUCUUUGCUCCGAUGAUCAGCUCCUAUCUGACCAUCAGCAAGCAAAGUCUCAUCUACACAAACUGGGGGAAGAAAAAGCUGCUGGCACUGGACUACAGUGGCGGUAUGGCAUGUUCAGUGCACAUUGACAACGACAUGCCUGACUGGGGCCCAAUGGGAGUGUGUUGUGACAAUCAGGGCAGUAUCUUUGUUGCUGUGUGUGGUGACUGGCCCUCGCUUGGUGAGAUUCUCCAUUAUGGACCUGACGGCAGGUACCUUGGAUGCACUGUCAAGGGUUAUGGCAAUUUACGUGAUAUUACCAUGACACCUAAUGGGGACCUGGUCAUAGCUGCAGUUGAGUCUGUCAAAAUCUACCAGCAAGGUUAAAGAGUACCACUGGGAAGCAUAGCUGUACCCUUGCAACGAACAGAGAAAGCAUCUUUUCCCCGAACAUACUUCAAGCCACUUUACACAUGUACACCCAGUGUUGUAGUUGAGACCCCACCAAGCCUCAUUGAGGGAUCUAUAAGGCAGCCAUGUCUUGGGUCUGGCUUUGUGAUGGUCUUGAUUACAAAUCUGCUUAUACAGCUGAUAACAUUGUAAAUAGUCACAUCAAAACACUGGAGAUUCCUCAUGGAUAUGUAGGUUCAUGGGAAAAUCAAGUUUUAACCUAACUUAAUUUCCACUGCCCUUGUCACUAAAAUCUAAAGAAAAAACAAAACAAAGUGGAACAAAUCUUGAUGACAGUAAAUUUUCAUCCAAAAAUUAGA